GCUGGCGCUCUUGUUCCUCAGCCGAGCGGUGGAGGCAGGAGGACGCGGCCCGGAGCCCGGACGAGCUCAGUGGACCGGCCAGCCAGCGGCUCAGGCUCGGGCGCCUUUCUCGUCCUCCCCUGCUCCCCGGCAGCCUCCGCGGGGACUCCGGGGGGCCUUCCUCCCCUCCGCACGCGCUUCGCUUCCCUGGGAAUUGAAAGUAACUGAAUUAUUUGAAGUUGUGGGAUCAAUGACUGUUUGAGAUACCAAGCUCAUAAAGGAAAACUACAUGUGAAACGCUUCUGAGUAAAUUUUGGAUGAAGCCAUCAAAUUAAUUAUUUGCCAUCAUGAGCAGAAGCAAGCGUGACAGUAAUUUUUAUAGUGUUGAGAUUGGAGAUUCUACAUUUACUGUACUGAAACGGUAUCAGAAUUUAAAACCUAUAGGCUCAGGGGCCCAGGGAAUAGUGUGCGCAGCUUAUGAUGCCAUUCUUGAAAGAAACGUUGCAAUCAAGAAGCUUAGCCGACCAUUUCAGAAUCAGACUCAUGCCAAGCGUGCUUAUAGAGAGCUUGUUCUUAUGAAAUGUGUUAAUCACAAAAAUAUAAUUGGCCUCUUGAAUGUGUUCACACCACAGAAGUCCCUAGAAGAAUUUCAGGAUGUUUACAUAGUUAUGGAGCUCAUGGAUGCAAAUCUUUGCCAAGUGAUUCAAAUGGAGCUAGACCAUGAACGAAUGUCCUACCUUCUGUAUCAGAUGCUGUGUGGAAUCAAGCACCUUCAUUCUGCAGGAAUUAUACAUCGAGACUUAAAGCCCAGUAAUAUAGUAGUAAAAUCAGACUGCACUUUGAAGAUUCUUGACUUUGGACUGGCCAGAACUGCAGGAACUAGUUUUAUGAUGACACCUUAUGUAGUGACUCGUUACUACAGAGCACCCGAGGUCAUCCUAGGGAUGGGCUACAAAGAAAACGUGGAUUUAUGGUCUGUGGGGUGCAUUAUGGGAGAAAUGGUUUGCCACAAAAUCCUCUUUCCAGGAAGGGACUAUAUUGAUCAGUGGAAUAAAGUUAUUGAGCAACUUGGAACACCGUGCCCUGAGUUCAUGAAGAAAUUACAACCAACAGUAAGGACUUAUGUGGAGAACAGACCUAAAUAUGCUGGCUAUAGCUUUGAGAAGCUCUUCCCAGAUGUACUUUUCCCAGCCGACUCAGAGCACAACAAACUUAAAGCUAGUCAGGCAAGGGAUUUGUUGUCAAAAAUGCUGGUUAUAGAUGCGUCUAAAAGAAUCUCUGUGGAUGAAGCUCUCCAGCACCCAUAUAUUAAUGUCUGGUAUGAUCCUUCAGAAGCAGAAGCGCCUCCACCAAAGAUACCUGACAAACAGUUAGAUGAAAGAGAGCACACAAUAGAAGAGUGGAAAGAAUUAAUAUACAAGGAGGUUAUGGAGUUGGAGGAGAGAACUAAGAACGGAGUUAUACGGGGUCAGCCGGCUCCUUUAGGUGCAGCAGUGAUUAGUGGCUCUCAACAUCCAUCUUCAUCGUCGUCUGUCAAUGAUGUGUCUUCAAUGUCAACAGAUCCAACAUUGGCCUCUGAUACAGACAGCAGUCUAGAAACAUCAGCUGGACCUCUGGGCUGCUGCAGAUGACUAUUUGGUCAGG